AUGGAUUCAGGUCCCACUCAAGAUUUCGCUGCCGACCUAGAUGCUCGUCGUGGCGCGACAGAGACCACCCACGGAGGGGUCUCGUUGUUCCAGGAUGCAUAUGAGCCCGCUAUCAAAGGCGGGUAUGCGGCUACCGAGACCGUGCAGAAUGCCGAAGCCGAGAUUUACAAGAUCGGCCACUGGCUCACCCCCAUCAACUUUAAGUCCCAGCAAGAUGAAGCCUACUCGAGGAGUGUUGAAGGCACGGGAAGAUGGCUACUUCAACAUGACCAAUACGAGCGUUGGGCUUCUGAAGACGACGGUGUCCUCUGGUGUCGAGGGAUCGCCGGUGCCGGAAAGACCACGCUGGCGUCGAUGAUCAACCUCGAUCUUCAAAAAAGAUUCCCCUCUCUCCCAGUUUUAUUCGUUUUCUUGCAGCAAGCACACCAAUACACCGUGCGGGAUAUCAUCGCUAGCCUGCUUCGACAACUACUCGAGUCACACGCCGAACAUGUGUUGCCAAUUGUCAAGGAAGGAUUCGAUCGCCACGAAACAGAAGAAACCAAAGCUUCGGAACAAGAGCUCCUCGAAUGGUUGACAAGAGCGUUGGCGCCGUUCCCCAAGGCUUUCAUCACAAUCGAUGCGCUGGACGAGUUGCUAAUCGAGGAGGACAAGGCGAAGCUCUUGCGUGUACUCCGUUCGCUGCAUCGAAGCCUCCUCUUUACAUCAAGACCCCUGGAUCUCGUCCAGGCGAUUUUCCCUCAUGCUGUGACAAUGGACGUUCGAGCCCACGACGAAGACAUCGAUACUUUUGUCAAGAGAAAAGUGCAGCAUACUUCGCGGCUGAAGGACCUACUCGCAGACACGGAGGACUUGAAGAAUGUAGUCUCAGCUCUUCAAGCCACAGGGGCCGGAAUGUUUCUUCUAACCGUUCUUCAAGUCGAGACAUUGGCCGGCAGCGUUGACAUGGAAGAUCUCAGGAAGAAACUGGCGUCCCUUCCGUCUGGGGUUGAAGAUAUGUACCGAGAUGCUUGGAGGCGUAUGGGGAUACAAGACAAAGAAAAGGCUCUGCUGGCACGCCGGGUGAUCGCCUGGCUGGUUUACACCGACCAGCCACUCACCAUGACGAUGCUGCAACACGCGCUGGCCGUGGAUCCUGAAUCGGGACGGUUCGAUUCUCAGCACCUUGUUGAUCCAGGAUUGAUAGUGACUCUUAUCCACCAUACCGCCCGGGAUGUUUUCCAGAAAUGGGUGUUGGAAUCUGGAGUCCAGCCGCACGUCCUCAUCGCUACGAGCUGCAUUGGCUAUCUUAAUCAUACCGGAUUGCGCUCUCUCAUUUUUGCAGACUACCACGGCGAUGACCACCCACACGUACCAUUCGACGCCAGCGAUAGGACUAUCCGAUGUUGGAAGAAUGUGUUGGAGUUCCUGGACCACGCAGAUUAUCCCUUCCUUUCCUACGCCUACAAACACUGGGGACGCCAUGCCCGAAUGCUCGCGGAAGACGAGCUACCCCCAAUUGUACUCGAGUUCCUCCUCCACCAACCUUCUACGUAUCCUUUGGACCUUGAUGCGCAGGUUUGCCAACCCUGUGAUCUCGGGACUUCGCUGCACGUUGCUGCUCAAAUCGGGAUGUCGAGUGCCUUACCACGGAUCCCAAUACCCGGCGAUACGACCUCAAAUCGACAACAAACCGCCCUUCACCUUGCCGCUUUCAAUGGACAUACCAGCUUCGUACAAACCCUCCUCGAGUCAGAGACCAUACCCGUCGAUGCAGUCGAUUGUCAAGGCCAAACACCUUUAGCCAAGGCUUCCUUACAGGGUCACGAUGGUGCGGUCCGCUUGAUCUUGGGCCAUCCCAACGUCGAGGUCAACUCUAAGGACAAUCGAGGUCGAACUCCACUGUGGCACGCCUCGGCAUGGGGCCAAGUUGAAUGCAUGAAGGCGCUCCUUUCACACCCCGAUCUCGAUCCCAACAUUCAGGAUAGCUACGGCCGAACCCCGUUGAUGAAGACCGCUGCAUGGGGUCGCUACGAGGGGAUGAAGCUGCUCCUCGAAAAUCCCAAUACCCUUCUCAACCUCCAGUCAGACCGAGGCGAAACGGCACUCAUGCUUGCAGCUCGCUUUGGCCACACAGGCCUGGUUGAGACCCUCUUGACCUACGCCAAACCUAUCGUACAGGAGCCAGUGCCCGAUAGUGGGGAGCCUAGCCAAGAUGGUCAACGCGAGCUGUUGGACAUCAAUGCUGCCAGCAAAUGGGGCCUUACAGCUUUGAUGGAUGCAGCGUACCAUGGGCGUAGCAAUCCUUUGCGUAGACACAGUCGCCACGAGGAAGUCACCAAGCGUGCAGAUGAUAGUGAAGAUGACAAUGACAGUCCGUAUGUUGCAAUCGUGAAGAUGCUGCUCGAAUUCCCCGACCUUGACGUCAACGCAGGCGAUCGCUGGGGUCGUACAGCUCUUAUGAAGGCUGCGCAGUGGGGCAACGCACAGAUCGUUGCGGCUCUGGUCGCUGAUCCUCGAGUUUUGGUCAACGCUGGCGACUGUCGGGGAAAGACUGCUUUGAUGAAGGCCGCGUCGUGGGGCAACAGUACUUGCCUCGGGGUUUUACUGGGAAGGGAGGAUGUCGAUGCGAACGCGCGAGACGCCAUUGGAGAGACUGCACUCAUCAAAGCCGCUGUGAGGGGGAUGGUACAUUGUGUCGAAUUGUUGUUGACGGUGGAAGGAAUAGACGCCAAAGCUGCGAAUGACCGAGGAGAGACGGCACUCAUGAAAGCCGCUUCUAUGCCCGACAGCAAAUACCAGAAGGGAGGAAACAAUCCCCACGAAUCCGGUCUCCUCGCGGAGGACGAGUCCACUGCGUCAUCGACUAUCGAAGAGCGACUGGCGACUACACGUGCCGUUCUUCCCUUCAGCAAUGUCAACGCUGUCGAUGACAAAGGAAGGACGGCCCUGAUGAAAGCAUCGCUGUGGGGAGAGCUUCCCUUCGUAGAAGAGCUUCUUUCCUCGCCGGAAAUUGACGUCAAUAUCCAGGACAUUUACGCCGAUACAGCCCUGAAGAAGGCCUCAUCCUGGGGCCAUGAUGCUUGUGUUUCGCGCCUCCUCCAAGUUCCAGGGAUUCACGUCAAUGCUGCCGAGAGUCCGAAUCUUUUGUCCUUUGGCCACCACACACUCGAGAACAAAUCAGGAGAGCCGGAGGUCCCGCUGCAUGCAAAGGGAAGAGUAUCCCAAUCAGCCUUGAUGAAAGCCGUGCUUUGGGACCAGCGGAGAUGUGCAGAGCUGCUGCUUAGCCAUCCUCGAAUCGACGUUAAUGAACAGGACGACAGAGGACGGACAGCCCUCAUCAUCGCCUGCACUUACGGACGUCAAGAAAUCGCAUCUGCAUUGAUCCUUCACCCAAGCACCGAUGUCAACAUCAAGAGCUCGUGGGAUGAAUUUCCGCUGUGGUGCUGUAUCCAUGCGCUCAACGAUGGAGAUGAACCGCCCGCGAUUGACCUCGGUGGCUCUGAGCAAGGAUACGUCGGACCCACGGAACCUAUCCCACCAUCUUCAUCGCCGGCGGUCUACGAAACCCUCGUCGAACAGCUUCUACAGCGAGGUGAUAUCGAUUGGCAGGCGAAAGGACCAUUCAGAGCUACAGCUCUGAUGAGGGCAUUGCAACGGGGCCAAAGCAAGAUCGCGAGGAUGAUCUUAUCUUGUGGUGAAUUCGACGUCAACGAGGUUGAUGACCUUGGUGAAUCUGCCCUCGCAAAGGCAGCUGGGGCAGGAGAGUGCGGAAUGGACCUUACAAAACACGGCUUGCCCGUCGUACGAGGGUGUCUUGACCCGGCUGUUGGCCCACCCCUCGACCGAUCCCAACAUCCGUGA